GAAGAAGCCUGGAGAAGAGGAGGAGUGAUAACUGGAUGCAGGAUGCGUUCAGGCUCCACACAUUAGAGGUAGGAUCAGUACAUCCAUGGGUAGGAUCAUAGCAUGGGUCGCAGCGAGGAGCUCAGUGACUUCCAGAGAGGCACCGUGGUCGGAUGUCACAUGUGUAAGAAGUCUGUCCGCGAGAUCUCCGCCUUGUUGAACCUGCCUCGGUCCACCGUCAGCGCGGUCAUCCUGAAGUGGAAACGUGGAGGCAUCACCACGGCUCUGCCUCGGAGCGGCCGACCACACAAGCUGAAGGAAGAGGACCGACAGGUGUUGGAGAAAGUAGCUCUGGAGAACUGCUCUCCGUCCGUGGAGGCGCUCACCGCCGAGUUUCAGACCGCCUCCGGGGCCACCGUGAGCCCCAGGACGGUCCGCAGGGAGCUGCAUGAGAUGGGCUUCAGAGGACGAGUGUCCACCUACAACAAGCCCAAAGGACGGGAGAAAGCAGAGAAGAAGCAGGCAGCUCCAAGCCAAGAUGAAGCCAAGGUGGACGUGUCUCGUCUGGACCUGCGCGUUGGACGUAUAAUCACAACUGUGCAGCUUCCAGAGGCCGACAGUCUGUAUUUGGAGCAGGUCGAUGUUGGAGAGGCUUCUCCCAGGACAGUGGUCAGCGAGCUAGCUAAGCACAUACCUCUGGACCAGAUGCAGAACCACAUGGCAGUCCUGUUGUGUAACCUGAAGCCAGCCAAGACGAGAGGAGUGUUGUCCCAGGCUAUGCUCAUGUGUGCCAGCUCGCCAGACAAGGUUGAAAUCCUUAAACCUCCAAGUGGAGCAGCACCAGGAGACAGAGUUACUUUCCAGGGUUUUCCAGGUGAACCAGACAAAGAGCUGAACCCCAAAAAGAAGGUGUGGGAACUGAUUCAGCCAGACCUACGCACGGAUGGCCAGUGUGUUGCAACCUACAAAGGAUCUGCCUUUGAAGUUGCCGGCAAGGGAGUGUGCAAAGCCCAAACCAUGAGCGACAGUGAAAUUAAAUAAACAGAGCUGCUCGAAAUAGAUCAGUGCAAGUCCCUGCAGCCAGACAGGAUCCAGAGUGUUGUGUAGAGUUCUAAGAAGAGUGGAGGCCGUUGUAGCAGCAUAUUAAUGCCCUUGGUUUUGGAAGGACAUGUCCAACAAUCACAUGGGUGUUAUGUCUGAGUGUUCACAUAGUUUUGUCCUGUAAGGAAGGAAACUGAUGAAGAAGUGAAGAGCAUGUUGCCCUCUGUUGGAUGGACAUGAACAUUACUGUUACAUUUUUAUUGAAUAUCUGAAGUUCUGUAUUUGGCCAAAGGAGGGGGCACUUCAGUACUCCUGAUGAUGUACAGGAUGUGUGUGGUGAGAUAUGAGAACAUACAGCACACCUUCAUACCCAGCAUGGUGAAAGGAAAGUGGAAAGUCUUACAAAGAAUCCGUUUUGGUUGGGGAAUAUUUGAUAAAAUAUAAAUGUUUCACCUGAUGCCACAGUGCUCAUUUCCACUGAACAGUGGGAAAAACUCAACAGCACAGAAAUCCCUUUGAAAAAGACAGUUUUACUUUCUUUUGACAAUAUGAAAAUGAGUAGAGAAAUUACUGUAAAAUUAGUUACUUUUACCUAAUUAAAUAUGUUCUUAAGCAACUGCAGUUCUCAGUCAGUUCUUUGAGCUCCUUCAGUUUGAUGCUGGCAAAUUAUGGAAAUUAAUCAGUGUGAUUUAUAUAUCCACGUAAAUAGCCUGUCAAAUGUUUAAUUUCAAUGACGCAUAUUACAUAUUGCAAUAUUAUAUUACUUUUGUUUAUCUGUACAGUAGUUUCCCAGGAAUCCGAUGCAAUUGAAAACUGACAGCUCUGAAUCGUUUAUUUAGAUGUAAAUGUAGAUGUUUGUUACUUCAACAAAGAUGUUUCGUAUCCAUCCUGCUACUGCAGAUCGUCACUCUGCUCUUAAGAUGUUGUAACAGGUUAGUGAAACCUUAGAUUUUAUAUGUCCUGCUUCAUGUAACAUGUUUGUGUCUCAGCUUUCAUGCAUGAUUGCUAAUAAGCCUGUUUAUCAUUUGAAGCGCAAAAAAUGAUUGGUUUUAAAACAAGCUGCCUUUAUGGUUUUUCCCCUGUAGUUCAAACCAAGUCCAUAAAAUGACCAAACUCAAACACACACACAGUUCUUCUUCCCUUAUUUUAAAGGAAGAAGUGAAAACUGCAUGUGAAGAAUGGGGAUGUGAUCCAGUAACUAAGAAGUGGAACAAACAAUUGUUUGACAGAACAGGAGGACCGAGAGGGAAUGGUAUCAACCUUUUCAUAUACAUAGUAUUCAUUACCUUUUCAUAGGCUAGAGAAGUAAGCCAUGAAACUUCUUUCCCAGAUACUAGAAGAAAACCCAGAUUCAUUUCUCAUAAAAAGGAAAUUCUUAAUGUUUUUUAUUCUUCUGUAGAUGGUGUAGAAUGGAUCCAGGGGAAUUGCAUAGUAUCUGUCGAAACCACCUGAUUACAUGAAUGUUUUAGUUAUUUUUUGAUUUGUGACUUAAACAGCCUUAAAUGUAAGUCACUUUAACUCUUAGUCAUCAUAACACAAGACACGUUGUGAUUAUUUGAUCAGAUUAUCAAAGUAUGACCCAAUGGACCUACCUAUGUUUUGUGUUGUACAAAGUUUUGAUCUAUCUUCCAUGAAAACUGAUGCAAAAAGUCUGUUUACAAAGUGGUGAGUCAGGGUCUGUUACUGGAGCAGGAGAUACUUGAUAUGUUUUGUAAAUGUUGGUGGAAAUCUCUCUGUUUUCUGUUCAGAUUGCUGAAUAAACGAAGGGCCCGGAGGAGACAAGAA